AUGGAAGCAAAACGGCAUGGAUUUCGACAAACAGUGCCCAUUCGUGUUGUGUCGUACCGAAUUCAUCGUGUUCAAGGAUCCCAACGAAAUCUUCUACAAAGUGCAACUACUCCGGAAUGCGCUCUUCCGCUUUCACAACGAAUGAUGACUCCGCUUCAUUGGGCUGCUGAUCGUGGGCUUGAAGACAUUGUCUCCGUCCUACUUAUUCAUUCGGCCGACCUGAAUGCACAGGACGAACAAGAUCAGACUCCACUGCAUUACGCUUGUUCCUGUGGUCAUAUAUCAUUGGCUAGACUGCUGUAUAAGGCUGGAGCUAAUAUCUCUAUCACCGAUCAAGACGGUCAGAAUCCAAUCGAUUUGUUAGAAGAAGAUCAACGGGAAUCGGUUUUGGCCUGA